GGACAGACCCGACCAACACUAUUAACAGCAAGAGCAGGGGGCAGGCCUCAGCCUCCUCCCCCUGUCCCCCCAAGGCCAGCUGCCGCCUCAGCCCCAGUUGCCUACCCGUGACCCCCCUUCAGCACGAUGGUCCGAUGCCGCGUGAAGAGUCCGACUGAAAGUCCACCCGGGGAGCAGGGCUCCGGGCAGCAGGGCGAGACAGAGCGCCCGGAUCAGGCGCGGGAGCUGAGGCCGGAGGACAUCCCGGUCUACGGGAGGACUCACAGAGGCCGCUACCACUACAGACACAGGAGCCACACGCGGCGGCGCCCCUGCAGGAGGCGCCGGAGACGGGCCUGCAGGCACAGGAGGCGCCGCAGAGGUGCGGCGGGCCCCCCCUGCGCUCCCAUCCCCGGCACCCCCCAGGCCUCCAGGCCAGGGCUCAGGCUGCCGAAGGAUGAAGAGAAGGAGGAGGAGAUGCGGAAGGCAGCUCUAAGCUUCCCUGGGCCUACCAGAAAGAGUCACCUGCCAGGAAGCACCUCACAAGACCAUAGCAAAUCCCCCUUGGAGCCCACGAGAUCUUGAGUUAAAAUGAGCAAAAGUCAUCUGCCAAAUAAAGCUUGAGAUAAGAAA